AUGAUCACGGUUUCUUUCUUUCUUUCUUUCUUUCUUUCUUUCUUUCCUUUUUUAUUUUUCAUUCAUUCAGGUGCCUUUGUUCUUUUUUCUGUUCAUUCAGAUGACAUUCUUUCUUUCUCUUCCUUAUUUCUUUCUUUCUUUUUUCUUUCUUUCUUUCUUUUUUUUUUAUACAUUCAGGUAAAUUUGAUCUUUUUUCUAUUCAUUCAUAUGUCAUUCAUUCUUUCUUUCUUUCUUUCUUUCUUUCUUUCUUUCUUCAUUCAGUUUUCUUUCUUUCUUGCUUUCUUUCUUUCUUCAUUUAGAUGUCUUUGCUCUUUUCUUUACUUCUUUCAUUCUUUCUUUCUUUCUUUCUUUCUUUAUUUCUUUCUUUCUUCAUUCAUGCUCUUUUCUUUUCUCUUUUCUUUAGUUCUUUCUUUCUUUCUUUCUUUCUUUCUUUCUUUCUUCAUUCAGAUGUCUGCUCUUUUCUUUAGUUCUUUCUUUCUUUCUUUCUUUCUUCAUUCUUUCUUUGUCUUUUCUUCAUUUUCUUUCUUUCUUUCUUUCUUUCUUUCUUCAUUCAGAUGUCUGCUCUUUUCUUUAGUUCUUUCUUUCUUCCUUUCUUUCUUCAUUCAGAUGUCUGCUCUUUUCUUUAGUUCUUUCUUUCUUUCUUUCUUUCUUCAUUCAGAUGUCUUUGCCCUUUCCUUUCAUUCUUUCUUAUGUAUUCAGAUGCAUUUGCUCUUGACUUCAUUCUUUUUUCGUUAUUAUUCAUUCAGAUAUCUGAAUGCAACUAUCUCAGAACCAUGCAAGCCAUUUGUUGUCCUGGGUGUUGUGCAGCUGGUCCUGACAAAAAUUCUUUUCAUCGGAGAAGAACCAGAUUUUCAUCACUUUUUCCUACAGUUGUUGGAUGAAUUCUGGUGUACAGAGGCAAUCAGAACGUCCGAUGUGUUCUUUCUUACGAGCCACGGCCUCGUAGUCUCCGCUUUUUUCUUUCUUUCUUUCUUUCUUUCUUUCUUUCUUUCUUUCUUUCUUCUUUCAUUCAAUCAUUCAUUCAUUCUUUCUUUCUUUCUUUUCAUUUCUAUCAUUAUGCUUCGCAUCUUCCUUCCUUCCUUCCUUCCUUCCUUCCUUCCUUCCUUCCUUCCUAGUUAUAUCCAUGGCCAUAGGUAUAUCUUUAUCUUUAAUUUCUAUAUACGCUCGGUUCCUAACAAUCUUUCUUUCUUUCUUUCUUUCUUUCUUUCUUUCUUUCUUUCUUUCUUUCAAUAUCUAUCUAUCUAUCUAUCUAUCUAUCUAUCUAUCUAUCUAUCUAUCUAUCUAUCUAGUUUGUACACAAAUCACAUCUACUUACAUCAUAAUGCUUAA